AUGCCGAAAUACCGAGGCGCCGGUCAGCGCCUCGCCCCCCGAGGCCAGGGUCCUUGCCCACGUGGCCUCCAUCGCCACCCCCACGUGUACGACGCGCGUCACGACGACGCCCCUCGCCUCGCCACGAUGGGCUGCCGGAUCUGCCUCGACGCCUAUACCCCCGACGAACGCCCGGCGGCCCUCCCGUGCGGCCACGUCUUUCAUCAUGCCUGUCUACAGGACUGGCUCACCACACGCACGCACGGCGCCGUGCCGUCCGGAUGCCCCCUGUGCAAAGCCCCCGCGGCCCUGACCGAUCUCGUGCCGCUCUGGGCCUCCGACACGGACCUGAAGCAGUACGUCGCCGCUCACCCACCCGACGGCCGCCUCUCCUCCAUGCACGCGUGGGUCCGCCACCUGCACGACUACGCCAUCGCCACACACCAGCUAUGCCCCCCCGCCAUGUCGCGCGCCGCCGCCGCCCUUCCCUCCGCCCUGCCCGACGAGGCCCGACACGCCCUCCAAGACGCCAUGCACGCCCUCCACGACGCCGUCGUGCACACGGACCGCCUCUCUCGCGACCUGGCGCAGCGCAUGCACACCCUCGACGAGCGCACACGACACGUCCUCGCCAGGGAAGAGCGCUGCCGACGCGACGAGCAGCGACUCGCCAGAGAUAGAGAGCACGCCGAGCGCGAGCACGCAGCGCUUCGGCACCGCCAAAAGCAUCUCGCGCACGUCAAAGACCGCCUCGAGACGCAGCAGCACGCCCUCGACGCCCGAGCGCGACAGCUCGACGAGGCGCACGAGGCCCAAACGACCCGCCUCCACGACAGCAUCGCGGCGGCCAAGAGCCAAUGCGCCGAGUCCAUUCGGCGCGCAGCGCUCGCCGAAGAAGCCGCCACCGCACGAUGCACCGACGCCGAGCGGCAGGUCCGCGAGGCGCACGAGCACGUCAGCGACAUGACACGCGCGCUCCACGAGACACGCACCAAGAACCAGCGCAUGGCCGAUCAGCUGCGCGAGCUGCGCGCGGCGCUCGAGGCCAGCAAGGCCAAGCGCCGCGCUGAGCGCGCCGCGUCUCAGCACCUCUACGAGCAACUGCGCCACCAGGAGCAGGAGCCGCCGAUCGAGAGCGCCUCCAGCUCACCACCACCCGUGCCGACGCCGACGUCGACGGCUCAGCUGCUCUACGAUCUCGAUGAUACCCACUUUCCCAUGCCAGGCGGCACGUGGUCCCGGCCUACGAAACGCCCGGCCCGCGAAGACGCAUGGCCCGCCGCUUUGCCGCGCGGCGCACGCACCGUGCUCGGCCCACGACGGCGUCCUACCAAGUAG